CCCGCUCAUGCGGCCAUUGUCGCCUUAACAACGUGAGCGUUUCGUUAUCGCGCCGUUUCUCCUCUCGGACAAAGUCAUUUCUCUUCAAGGUGUCCUUGCUACAGAUUUAAGACGAUGGCGUACAGAGGACAAGGUCAAAAGGUGCAGAAGGUUAUGGUGCAGCCCAUCAAUCUUAUUUUCAGAUAUCUGCAGAAUCGUUCUCGUAUCCAGGUGUGGCUAUACGAACAGGUCAACAUGCGGAUAGAGGGCUGUAUUAUUGGUUUUGACGAGUACAUGAACUUGGUUCUGGAUGAUGCCGAGGAAGUUCACAUGAAGACGAAGAACAGAAAACCUCUGGGGAGGAUCAUGUUAAAAGGAGAUAACAUCACACUGCUACAGAGUGUGUCAAAUUAACGAUUUGGACAGAGUGGAGGAAUGUUGGGCUGCGCUGUAUGCUUUUUGGGGGGGGGGGGAGCUGUUUUGUUUCUUGGGGUUUUUUUUUUUUUUUGGAUAGAAAAUUUGUCAUAAGUGAUCUAUUUGUACCCAAACAAAAUUAAAGAAUGUUUUGUUUGUUU